CAUCUACAGUAUAUUACUUGACACAUAUCUUCUGUUUUCUUGACUUCUUCGAUCCAUUUUGGGGCUAUUCCGGAUCUCUUUUAUUUCCGCUUAAGUUUUCUUUACACCUUCAGCCUUUACAUUAAGCCGUACCUUUUUUACAAAUUUCAGUUCAAUAUUGGUACUGUCAUUGUAAGUAAGUGAACCCACACUACUGCUACAACUGCUUAAUCAAUUUUUGUCCCCUGGUACACUCAUAUCUGCCAAUUCCCCCGGCCAUACAAUUUGCUUUACUUUCUGUUGACUACUAUUUGGGAUCAAUUGUUUUGGAUCUGUUUUGUUUUCCAAGAUCAACGUACCAAAUUAACUGAUUCAUUGUCUGUGCUCCAACUAUCUACACUCCUUUUGCACUCUCGGACACACACAACUACUCAUUGCCUCGUCAUCUAACAGGAAGCUUGAAUUCAAAUUUAGAAGAACACUCAACUGUCAAUUGCAAUUUUUUACUAUCAAUUUUUUUUUUUUUGAAAACCAACAUCAUUCAAGUUACAAACAUGUCUCAAACACCAACUCGUAACUCAAGUGUUAAAAAAUUACCUAUGAUUGUUGAUAUAGCAAUCGGAAAUGAUGGCAAACAGCUUUACCAAGUCCAUGAAUCAUCAAAGCUUGUCAGAAAGGAAAUGCCUAGAUCUACAAACUUUUCAGCUCAAACGUGUACUCUUACCCAUGAAGAAGAAAAAACCCCUAUUCGUAAGAUCUUAGGCACUAUUUCACCAAGUACACUCAAUCAAAAGAAAGUGGGUGAACCUGACUUCCUAGAAACUAAUACGGAACCAGAAUCGGCCACUAGAAAGAGUUUACCGGUGCCCAUGCCAACUAAUAUUUCCAGUGAAGAUUUUAAUCAAUCACUUGCAUCUGCUUCAUCACAACUUCAUCUUCAUAGUGUGUCUCCUUCUGGUGGUCUUGAUGGUCCAUUAACCGGAGUUGGAGGUAGUUUAAAUGCUGCUGCUGCCACCAUUACCAACAUCGCAUCUCCAAAGGCUGAUGACAAUGACAUCUGGUCUGUCGAUGUUGAGGCUGCCUUUGAAGAAGUUCUUAGCAUAAUUCCAAAAAAUGGGUUAAGUAAAAUCAAAAUUAGUGGAAGAUCAUGUGGAAGAAAUGAACUUAUCAGUGAUUAUAUUUUCCAAAAAACUGGUAAGUUUAGAACAAGAAAGCAGGUUUCAAGUCAUAUACAAGUGAUUAAGAAUUUAGGACAAAAAUCACAUAUUAUUGAUUUAAUCAAUGAUGGUCCUAUCUUCCAAAGUAAAAAGGAAAGGAUUGACAACAUGAAUAAAUUUGAAGAGAUUUUUUCCAAGAUAACUUUAGCUAAAUCAAUGGGGGUAAGUGAUUCAAACGUUUCUUCCCAAAAGAGAUCCUUAUCUUGUUCUAAUGUCGGCUCUUCAAAUUAUAUGAUGGCUCCUUCCAAAAGAAAGAGGUUGUCUUCCUUCGGAAUGGAAAAUUUCUAUAUUAACUUGCUGGAUUCAAGUCAGAAUUUUACCUUAUCUAGACAAGGAACUGCUCCUGUUCAAAACUUAAAACUUAAGGAAGAUGCUAAUUUGUCUAGUAGAUUUCCUGGUUUGAAUGAUUUAUCAAACCUUGAUAUCCCAUUCAUUCAUAACAUGGUUAAGAUGAAGAUUCCCUCGAUUGCACAAUUUGAUAACUUACAAUCUAAUUAUCUAAUCAGAACAAAUUCUCCAACUAGAACCAUCUUCAGCUGUGUCUAUUCAUUUGGUCAAGAAGUCUUAAAGUCGAAUGAAGUACUGAAUUUCAAUGAGAAUAGUUCAUUUAUGUUGAAGUUUUGGAAAUUUUUCUUCAAAGAAUUAUUAUCGAGAGGUGAAGAAGAAAUCAAUAUGGCCCUUAAGGGUAUCACUAUAAAGCAAAUUAUAUAUGAAACUGAUGCUAAUGGUAUUGAAAGUAAAGGUCAUUUAAUUUCAAAACUGAAAAUUCAUUCUGUUCUCUUAUGGGAAUUUGCUGCUGUUGAUUCAUAUGAUGAAGCAGUCACCACCACUUCAAUUUUGACUAUUCCUACACCAAUUGAACCUCUUCCGUAUCAAGUGGGACCUUCUUAUUCGAAUGAAGUACCUGUUCCAAGUACUGACUUUCAACCAUAUGGAGUACAACCGUUAUAUGGACAUCCAAAGUACAGUAUGACAGUUCCUACUCAAGGUCCAUUUGGUCCACAAUCCUCACAACCAGUUCCACAACAUAUUGCUUACUCUCCUUCUCCAUCUACUGCCACAACUGCAUAUGCACCAUCUACAUACGGUCGUGGGAUGUCUACCCAACCAUCUACUGCUAUAAAAUCAGAAUAUGGAUACUCUCCACUGCAACCCGAAUUAUUGAAACUGCAAGUGAACAUUCAACAUAAGUUUCAAUCUUUACAAGAGGUACAUCAAGUGAAUCCUAUACAACAAUAUGGUGCUCCUGGCUAUUUACAUCCAUCUGUAAACAUGGACCUCAUGAUGCCAGAGCUGUCGCAACAACAUCCACCACCACUUCAAUCACAACCACCACCACUACCACAACAACAACAACCAAUACAAGUACCACAACCUAACAUUCAUCCUCUUGAUCAACAUCAUUCCAAUCCACAGCAAAUGUACCAAUUUGGCGGCUUACUUGUAAACUCCGCGGGAAAUGGUGAUCAAGGUGGGUAUAUGAAUAUGAUGGAUAGUACAUACAUUGGGAAAUAAGAAAGGGCAAUAGAAAACUAAUUUUACCCUCUACCUCAUGGUUUUUAAUAAACCAAAUUUUGAUUUCAG